AUGGCUCGUUCUGGAACAUAUUUGCUGCAUAGACUUGUUAAAAACGAUGAGAAUUUAGAGUUACUUCGUGAUUGUCUUUCUAGAGGAAUGGAUCCAAACCGACUUCGACCGUAUGGGUUUGGUCAGAAAGGAAAUGUCGGACGUGGUGAAGCACCACUUCAUAUAGCGGCAGGAAGCAACGAAAGUAAUCUUGAAGCUGUAAAAGAAUUAAUUAAAGCUGGCGCUGAUGUAAAUUUACGGGACUAUGUUGGCAAUACACCUCUACAUAACGCAGCACUUUCUCAGAAGCGGGACCUUGUGGAUUUUUUAAUUCAAUCCGGGGCUUCUCCAAAUAUUCGAAAUUUUUAUGGUCAAACUGCGCUACAUUUCGCAGUCUAUAAUCAUAUGGAUAAUUUUACUGACGCACGGAUAAUCAUAAAGUUACUACAACAUGAAGGCAUAUUUGUGGACCAAAAGGAUAAUGAAGAAAUUACUCCACUAAUAUUGGCAGUUCAAAAGAAUCAUCUAGAGGCAGUGGAGAUAUUACUGUAUAAAGGAGCAGAUCCUAACAUCGCUAACACCUCAUUAGAAACCCCUUUACACGUAUCAUUAUCUAGUAGAAAUCCAAAUUAUUUUAUUGUGGUUCAACUUCUAAUGAAAGGAGCUAAAAUCUAUAAAAUGGAUAAAAAUGGACAAACUCCAAUGGAUGUUUUAAUUAAUCAUGCUAGAAAUAAUCAGUCUCUUCGAUUCGCAAAAAGCAUUUUGAAAAUAAUUGUCUUCAGAUAUCAAAUUCAUGAAGACAUAAAACGUAAAAUUGAAAUGGUACCACAACUAAAACAAUGUCUGAUCAAAUGUUGUGAAGAAACUGAAGGAAUGAAAAAAUGUUUAAUUGCUAAAAAUUUGACACUCCAUGAAUUUGUUAUAGAUUGUUUUCAAGAAGAUAGUUUUAGCAACCCGGUAUUACAGAUUUAUAAACCUGUAUUGGAGAGAUUAUUCCAAGGUUUUUAUAUUGAAUAUUUUUAUGAUAUAUUUGAUCGCAUUUCGGAUUUGGAUUUAAGAGAAAUAUUGGAAAUAACUGUUCAUUUGAUCAAAGAUAAAAAAUAUUCAAAGAUGGGAGAUUUUACUCAUUUGUUAUCGAAAAUAAAAACUGAUUUUAUUGUUAAAUUUUUAUCUCGUUCGGAACUAUUUUACUUAAUUGUGGCAGUUUCUAAUGUGAGAAUUUUCGAGUCAUUGCAGCUUUUACAUGAACGUCAUAUGACGUGGCUUGAAUAUUUGAAUAGAAAGCCUACAGUUGGCCAGUAUUCCUGUAGUGACAACGAUUCUAUCGACUCAGCUUGA